AUGAAUAGGUUUGAUCUUGUCUCUUCGAUUACUUGGCCUGAAGAGGCGCAAAUUUCACAGCGUACCAACAAGUAUCGAGCUUUAAUAUUAGUACAAAAUUUGUUCUACAAUGCUGGUAUCGCAACUAGCUUUUGUUAUGUUAUCGCUGCAAUGGUGUUGCAGCCUCUUUUACAAACUCAGACCGAUCAACGAACUCAACUAAGCGCAGCAUGUCUGCUGAAAGCUCGUAAAAUGGUCAGUUUCUUGGAAUCGAGGUUGAUGGGGACUUCUGCAAGUGUGUUGGGUCACAACGAGAAAAUCGAUGCUUUAAGCUCCAAAACGACUAUUGAACGUUGUACGCAGACCGAAGAGUCCGAACAUUCCGUGCCAGACGGCCAGGAAGCUUCUGGCUGGACCAGAAUUGCAGCCAGGUUGCGGUACACUUGUAGCAUGCUAGACAACUUUUCAGAUGAGCAUUCUGAUCAGGACGACCAGAGUAUGUUCUUGCCCUUGCGCUUUCAAACACAGUCCUUGAAUUCGUGUCUGUUGGGACUCGAUGCUCGCGAUAAUGAUGCCGAAACCGCGACGAGAGAAGGUAUUAAGGACAUCCGUGAUAUGAAAGGCUGGAUCAUAAAUGGUAAGGCUAGUUAA